GGCGUGAUUGAAGACAUAGUGCUAAACUUACCUACUCAAAAUGAGGAACGAUUCAGUGUUAGAGCCUUCUCAAAGAUGAAGAAAUUGAGAAUUCUUAAAAUUCGCAAUACAAGUUUUGUCAACAUGAGUUUUUCUAAUCUCUGUGAUAAGUUAUUGAAUCUGCAUUGGCAAGCGGCGACCCUUUAAGAUUCAUGCCAAUACAUGGGUUACGGGUGCUAGAAUGGUUUGAAUAUCCUUCAAAAUCCUUGUCAAACAGCUUUCAAGCAGACAAUCUUAUUGAACUUAGAUUUCCAUGCAGUCACAUCACGCAACUAUGGAAGGGAAUUAGUAGUUUUGGGAGUUUGAAAUGCUUUGAUCUUAGCAGCUCUCAAAACUUGUUGGAGGCACCAGACUUCACCGGAAUCCCAAGUCUCGAGACACUAGACCUUGAAGGUUGUACAAGUUUAUCUAAGGUCCACAAAUUUAUUGGUGUUCUCAAACAACUUAGAAGAUUGAAUCUACAUGCUUGCAAACACCUUAAAAGCUUUCCAAAUGAGAUUAGGUUGGAGUCUCUAGAAUAUUUUUAUCUUUCUGAUUGUUCAAGAUUUGAGAAGUUUCCAGACAUUGUGGGAAACAUGACUUCAUUGCGGUUACUUUAUUUGGAUGGUACUGCCAUAAAGGAACUACCCCCAUCAUUUAAGAGUUUAUGCAGCCUUUCCAUAUUGUCUUUACAUAAUUGCAAAAAACUCUCAAUUUUUCCUAGGGUUAUUGGUAGUUUGUCAUCUCUUAAAAUUAUGGAUGUAUCUGAUUGCCUAGCACUUCGUGGAUUUGAAGACGUGAAUGGUGAGGGGUAUCUGGAACAAUUGUAUAAAGGUGGAACUGCUAUCAAAUUCACUAAGUUUUUCGCAGUGCCAGAGUUUGGCUCAAAUGAUGCUUGCUAUACACAAGAAAUGUUUAUGAUCAAUGAUGACUCUGUUGGGGCCUUCUAUAUUGGUUUUGAUGACAGAGUCUACUACAUUAGAAGCUUGAAUCAUGAAGAGAGUAAUUUGCAGAAAAAAAGCUAUGACGUUGAAAAUAAUUGUUUUAAUCCCAAGGUAAUGUGUGCAUCUUCCUUGGGAGCUGAAAUUCCAAAGUGGUUCAACAUGACAAGUUUUGGUUCUCAUGUAACACAUCAACUUAGAUAA